AUGGAUGGAAACAGCAACCCCUUUUCCGCAAGUAAAAUCAAUGAUGAGUAUAUUGACGCUCUUCUUGUCACGGUUCGCUUCUCCGCUUCAAUACCCGAUCUCCCUCUAGAUGUAUCAGCGCCAGAAUCCACGACGGGAGCAGGCCUUAAACAGUUAAUUCGCGCUCAACUACCUCCCGAGCUCUCAAAUCAUCGUCUACGUCUCAUAUAUGCUGGCCGUGGUCUAGAAGAUGCAGCUGCCUUGACUACCUCCCUCAAGCUCCCACCCCUAGUUCGAACCUCCCGCCAUACCCCAGAUUACAACUCAGAUGACGAUUCCUCCAAUACAGAAACAAGCGUCCUAUAUAAAAAGACAAAAGAUAAGGGAAAACAGGCCGUACGAGAUGUCCGCCCACGCAUAUACAUCCACUGCUCUAUCGGUGAUAUCGAGCUCUCAGAGGCCGAUCUUGCUCUUGAAGCAGGCAUAGCCUCUAUAGUUCUCAUAGAGGAACAAAGGCAGGAUGAGCAUAAAAAGCCCAACCCUCUUCGCAAAGCCUCCAUUCACCCCACAUCUCAGCGCACCUCUGGUCAGGCAGCAACUACGACAUCAACUACACCCGCCCCGCGUGGCUUCGAUCGUCUCCUUUCCGCUGGAUUUACAUCAGCGGAGGUCAUAGCCCUGCGCUCACAGUUCCUGGCCGUACAGUCUGUUUCUCACACUCCCGAUACCAUGCCCACGGGAGAGCAGCUGCGUGAUUUAGAGGAUCGGUGGAUGGAUGAGGGAUCCACAGUUGCGCAGGCGCAAGGUGGCAACGAUGGCGCAGGUGCCAACGACGAUGAUGGUGGACUAGGAUCCAAUUCACACAGCGCAAUCGAUGAUAUGCUAUGGGGAGCCGUCAUGGGCUUCUUUUGGCCCGUGGGCUGUGCUAUGUGGUUGCGUAGGGAAGAGGGAAUUUGGAGUUGGAGGAAAGGAGUCGCGGUCGUCGCAGGGGUUAUUUUUAAUGUUUUGUUGGGAACUACGAAGACUAUGGGUUAG